AUGGCUCCCGGUCCGCCAACCGUUCAAGAGCCAAUCGAGCGCGACGCCUCGUCUAAGCUCAAGAUCAUCGUCGUCGGCGCGGGCCUCGGCGGCCUGGGUGCGGCCAUCGCCCUCCUGCUCGCCGGGCACACUGUGGUCGUGCUCGAGAGCGCCUCUCAGAUCGGCGAGGUGGGCGCGGGCAUCCAAUGCCUGCCCAACUCGUCGCGCAUCCUGACGGCGUGGGGCCUCGCGCCAGCGCUGUCCCGCCACUGCACCCAGCCACGCCGCUGCAACAUGAUCGGCUGGAAGGGCAACAAGCUCGCGUCCAUGGACUUCCACGAGUACGAGGCCGGCCUUGGGACGCCGUUUUGGGACUUCCAUCGCGCGAACCUGCACGCGUGUCUGUUGGAGAGGGCGGUCGAGUUGGGCGCCGAGUUGAGGGUGAAUGCGCGCGUGGUGGAUGUCGUGGUGGGUGGGGAUGGGGAGGUGGCGACGUGCGUGUUGCAGGGAGGUGAGCGGUUGGAGGCGGAUUUGGUGGUGGGCGCGGACGGUAUCAACAGCAGGUGCCGUGAGAUUUUGCUCGGUAGGGAGGAUCCCCCGGUGCAGACGGGAGAUCUAGCCUACCGCUUGCUGCUGAGCACCAAGGAGAUGAUGAAGGACCCAGAGUUGAGGGGCUUCGUGGAGGAUCCGCAAGUGAAUUAUUGGAUGGGGCCGGAUGCGCAUGCUGUCAACUACGUUCUGAGAGGUGGUGAGCUCUUCAACAUGGUGCUGCUUGUACCGGAUGACAUGCCGGCUGGGGCGACGACGCUGGAAGGAAAUGUCGAAGAGAUGCGCGCCCUGUACAAGGACUGGGACCCGCGCAUUCCGAAACUGCUAGCCCUUUGCGAGAGCGUUUACAAGUGGCGACUGUGCAUCCGUCCUACGCUCGAGCCCAGCUGGUCCGAUCCGUCCGGCGCUUUCGUUCUCCUGGGUGAUGCCGUUCAUGCCACACUACCUUACUUGGCCAGUGGCGCCGGCAUGAGCCUGGAGGAUGCAAGCGUGCUUGGUCUGUGUCUAUCGAAGAUCAAGAACAAGAGCAAGGAGGAGAAGAUGAGAGCGCUAAAAGUGUACGAGAAGUGCAGGAAGGACCGCACUGAGAGGGUUGUGCAGCGAGGAAACGUGCAGCAACACCUCUACCAUAUCCAUGACGGAGAGGAGCAAAGAGAAAGAGAUAGGCUUUUUGCAGCCUGGGACGAGUUUGAGGGAAUGAAGAGAAGAGGGGAGAAUCCGGAUCCCAAGGCGUUAGGUCUCGUACAGGGUAGCGACCCAUUUCCGUGGAGGUUCAGCGGAGUGGGCGAUUGGUUAUUGACAUACGACUGCGUGAGUGAUGUGGAGGCGCAUUGGGGGAGGGAUGAAGAAGUCGUACAGAGGGCGAAUCUGUGA